AUGUUUCCUAUUGUUUCUAAACCUUUUCAAUUACAAACGAAUUUAUCCGGUAUAAAAAUAAUAACAACAACAGCAAAUACGAUUGUUUGUGUAUUGCCACAACGCCCAAUAUGCCGAACAUUGUCAUUUGCUCCAUUUAAUUCAAACAAAUUCAAUGAAGGAAUAAGAAUAGUUGUCGCUGGAGAUUUCAAUCAUGAUAAUCGGACAGAUAUUGUUGUUAAUUCGGAUGAAAGUAUUGUUGUAUUACAUGGUUAUGGAAGUGGAAGUUUCUCUAGGCCAACAGUUUUUUCAACUGAUACACCAUCUGUUUUGAUGAAUGUUGCUGAUUUAAAUAACGAUAAAUAUUUAGAUAUUAUCACCAGCAGCAAUUUCAACGAUGUACGCAUACUACUUGGUCAUAGUGCUGGGUUCUCAAACUCAACGAGUAUGUCAAUUACAGGAUCUCCAAAUGGAAUGAUUACUGUUGAUAUUAAUCAUGAUAACUAUAUGGAUAUUAUUGUAUUAACAGAUCUUAUUUGUGAUGUAUUCCUCGGUAUGGGUAAUGGACGUUUUUCAAAAAAAAUGUCUUUUAUAACUGAACCACAUUCAAUGGGAUUAGGUGUCGGUGAUUUUGAUAAUGAUGGUAAUAUUGAUAUUGCUGUAACUCUUGUGAACAAAAAUAUUUUGAAAAUUUUUCUUGGAUAUGGAAAUGGUACGUUUCAAACAGCAAUUUCUUCAAUAGUUCAAUAUGUACCAUUACACAUUGCUGCUGCAGAUUUUGAUGGCAAUGAAUAUUUAGAUGUCGUAAUAGCUAGUUGUCACACUAGUCAGCUGUACUUUUUACGGGGAUUUGGAAAUGGUAGUUUUGGUGAACAAAAGACUUUCGAAACUCCUGGUUGUCCACAAUUCAUAGUUAUUGAUGAUCUCAAUAAUGACAAACACUUAGAUGUGAUUGUUUCCAAUAGAGAUCGCCAUAGUUUUAGUGUGUUUCUUGGAUUUGGUAAUUUAACAUUUGAAUCACAAAUGCUUUUUCGUACAGGUGAAGGGCCACAUGGUAUAACUGUUGCUGAUUUCAAUCGUGACGAUCGAUUGGAUGUUGCCGUUGCUAGUCAAACGAGCGGAACCAUUGAUAUCUUUCUCAAUACAUGUUAA